AUGCCUUCCGUCACAGAAUCACCUCUCACCGAGCACUGGAACAACUGGCCAAAUGAGAAAGGGUUUGACCCUGAGUACGAAGAACGUACUCCAGUCGAGCUUUCGGUAACCGGGAAUGUUCCUGCCUAUGCCGCAGGUAUUCUUUACCGCACAGGCCCAGGGAAGAGCCAAGUCGAGACUGAAGAUGGGCAACUGUUCCAACUAUCACACUGGUUUGACGGCUUCAGCCAAACGCACCGAUUCCAAAUCAUUGCGUCAGAUGAUCCCGAUUCUUCAAUUCGAGUAUUGUACAAUUCCCGCUUUUCUACCGAUGCCUUGAUCGAAAAGGUCCGGAAGGAAGGAUAUCAUAUAGGCUUUGCCGACAGACGCGACCCCUGCAAAGAAGCCUUCAACCAAUUCCAAACCGAAUACGUUCCCUCCAACCCAUCGGAGGUGAAUAUCGGCGUGACACUAUCUGUCAACAUGCCGGGUCUCGAUGCCCAAUCUGAAGAGUCGACGGAGCGCUGGUCUAAAUCAAAGGGUGUCCAGACUCUAUAUGCGAAAACCGAUCGCAACGUUUUCAAGAAACUUGAUCCAGAAUCGCUGGAGCCAAUUGGCCUGGCUUCCCAGACAGAUCUUCACCCAGACCUGGGCGGCCCAUUGUCUGCUGCGCAUCCCCGUUCGGACCCUGCGACUGGUGAUGUAUUUAAUUUUAAUCUCACCCCGGGCCCAACUUCUACCUAUCGCGUGUUCCAUGUCUCGGCUUCAACUGGCAAGACUUCCAUAUUGGCUACAUUCCCAGGCACGCCUGCGUAUAUACACUCUCUUAACAUUACCGAGGACUAUGUCGUUCUGUGUGUCUGGAACUCACAUGUAAAUGUGCAGAUGCUUAGCCAGGGAUCUUUUAAAGAUACAAUCAUGCCCACCGAUCCGACCCAACCAGCGACGUGGUAUGUGAUCGAUCGCAAGCACGGACGAGGCCUGGUUGCAACCUACGAGAGCCCCGCGUUCUUCUGCUUCCACACGGUCAACGCUUUCCAGGAACAGUCCAAGGAAGAUCCGACUAAGAUCGACAUAGUUGCUGAUCUUGUUCGGAUUGACUCCUCUAACUUCUUGGAUUUCGUCCUUUACGAAAAUAUGAAAUCGUCCCUACCUACUGCGAAGGCAUUCGCCAACAACAGAGGCGAUGAUAUGCGCACCGCUUUCUCUCAAUUCCGUCUCCCUAAUCUGCCAUCAGAGCCUAACUCGGAGAUUCUGAGGGCCACGAUGGAGUGGUCUUCAGGCAAAGCCUUCUCGCCCGAAUUGCCUACCAUGAACCCCAAGUUCGCCACGAAGAAGCAUCGAUAUACGUAUGCCACAUCUUUCCGUGGAGAGUCAACUUUGACAGAUGGCAUUGUCAAGUUUGAUAGUGAAAAUCAAGAGACUAGUCUGUGGGCGCAUCAUGGCCAGUCACCCGGUGAGCCGAUUUUCGUCGCAAACCCCGCCGGGGUAGAUGAAGAUGACGGCGUGCUUCUCAGUGUGGUCUUGGAUGGUUCCAGAAACCAUAGCUACCUACUUUGUCUUGAUGCUCGGAACAUGACUGAACUUGGUCGGGCUACUAUGAAAGGAGCGGUUGGAUUCGGAUUCCACGGCCAGCAUGUUUCCACACAUGGCAUGCCUACAGGAGAUUAUUGA